GAGACAGAUGAAUAAAUAAGAAGAGUAGAGACAGGACAAGGGGGGAGGAAAAAAACAGGGGGAGAGGAAUCAAAGGAAGGGGAUCAGGAAAAAGUGGGGUGGGGAGGUGAGGAUCUGCGACUUCUCCAGGAUUCUUAUACGCCCUCGACUUUUCUGCUUGACAUAUAGAGAGACCCUGAAUCACAUCACAAAAGCAAUGAAUAGGAUUUAAAGCAAAAUGGAUUCUUGGAUCAUUUCCUAACCAAAGUCUCUAUUUUGGAAUAUCGGCACCAGGAUUGAGUGAGUAAUUCCGGAUUUUCAAGGGUUUCUUCACCUAUAGAAGCCUAAGAGGAUACUGGCGGAUUUACAUUUUUGUGACUCUGUUUUUCUGACCUACAUCUGCCUCCUUUUGAUGUAUGUGGGGAUAUAUGUGUGUGUGUGCAUGGAGGAGAAGUUUUAGCACGAACACACACUGACUGCCCCGCUCCACCCCGCUGGCCCAAAACAAGGAUAAAACACCUGGGGCAAGAGCUGUAAUAAAGACACACAAAUACACACACACGCGCGCACACACACCCUGGAUAACAUGUGGAGCUGAUUUGGAUUAUAGAGCCACACAGACGGAAAAGGUCUGUGGAAAGUCAGGCGUUCUACCAUGCCUGUCCCCCCACCCCUCAACCCCUGCAGACAAAAACACCUGCCCCACUCGCACAGCUACCGUGAACAAAGGGCAGAAGAGUCCACCAUUUCCUCACUUUUCCCUCCAUUCACCCUCUCUUUUCUCCCCCCUCUCCUCAUCUCAUCUUUGCCCUCUUCAUCCCAUCUAGUCCACUGCGCCUGCCCCAGGGCUACGAAAAGAACCCUCCUAGGCUCUGUCCCUUUCCCAGCUUUUCACUGGCUAACUCUAGUCACAUGCUGCCUGCUGCCAUCUCUAAUUGGAGCAGGGGAGACGUGGGGCGUGGUCUCAGCCUGUCCCUUUCACUGCGUGUGUCGAAACCUUUCGGAGUCGCUGAGCACACUCUGUGCCGACAAGGGCCUCCUGUUUGUCCCCCCACACAUUGACCGGCGCACUGUUGAGCUGCGACUGGCUGACAACUUUAUCACAGAAGUAGGUGGGAAUGACUUUGUCAACAUGACAGGCUUGGUUGAUUUGACUCUGUCAAGGAACACGAUCCACUCGAUUCGACCGAUGACCUUUGCUGACUUGGAAAGUUUACGCUCCCUGCACUUAGAUGGUAAUCGCUUGACAAGCGUAGGACCCAGGGACCUCACAGGAUUGGUUAAUCUGCAACAUUUGAUCAUCAACAACAACCAGCUGAUUAAAGUCUCUGUCCAGGCUUUUGAUGAUUUCCUGCUUACACUGGAAGACCUUGACAUGUCCUACAAUAACCUCAGGAGGGUACCAUGGGAGUCCAUCCAGAACAUGGCCAGUCUACAUACUCUGAACUUGGAUCAUAACCUGAUAGACCACAUAGCAGAAGGAGCCUUUGGAGAGCUGUAUAAGCUUGCAAGACUGGAUAUGACCUCCAACAGGCUGCGGACUCUGCCUCCUGAUUCCCUGUUUGCAAGGUCCCAGACUGGUGCAAUAAGUCCUACCCCCUACAAUGCUGUGAUAAGUCUAAAUUUUGGGGGGAACCCACUGCACUGCAACUGUGAGUUGUUAUGGCUACGGCGACUUAUCCGUGGAGACGACAUGGAGACAUGUGCCACACCUGCUCACCUUGCAGGAAGGUAUUUCUGGUCAAUUCCAGAGGAGGAAUUUACAUGUGAACCACCUCUCAUCACCCGUCACACCCACAAGCUGUGGGUCUUGGAAGGACAGCGGGCCACGCUAAAGUGCCGUGCCAUUGGGGAUCCUGAGCCUGUUAUACACUGGGUUUCACCAGAUGACCGCAUCAUUGCAAACUCAUCCCGGACCAGCUCCUUCAGUAAUGGCACCUUGGAUAUCUUAGUAACUGUUGCCCGCGAUGAUGGAGCAUACACGUGUAUCUCAAUAAAUGCAGCAGGUGAAGCCACUGCUACUGUGGACCUUAAAAUAAUCCCCCUGCCUCACCGGGGAGGAGCGGGUGGAAACGCGGGGAAUAACAACGUAAAUACCAUGAACCACAGAAAUGUGACCAAUGGGAUUUUACGCACUGAUCCUGGCUCCUCAGAUAUCAGCACAGGGAAAAACGGAGGGAUUAACAAUGGUGCUGGACGUGGAGGAGAGGCGGAACAUGGAAGGCAAGGUGGAGGGGAUGAUGAAGAGGGUGACGCUGGCAGGGCCUCUGAUGGAGAGCGAACUGAUGGUAGAAGCAUGGAGGAUGAGGAAGAGGAGGACGAGGGGGAAGGGAAGAUGGUUGGAGUACAAGGGGUUACGUCAACCUCAGCUCAGGUCCGAUGGGAUUUGGGACGUUUGUCUGCAACUUACGUUGUCUGGAUGUAUCAGAUACAGUACAACUGCACUGCAGAUGACACCCUCAUCUACAGAAUUCUCCCUUCAACCAGUGACCGCUUCCUGUUGAAAAACCUGGUUUCCGGGGUGGACUACAACCUGUGUGUGCUGGCCAUUUUUGAUGACACAAUCACGUCAUUAGCAGCGACAAAAGUUCUGGGCUGUACCACAUUCUCCACCAAGGAUGUUUACCCAGCAUGCCGUUCUCUUCAAGCCCACUUUCUGGGUGGUACACUGACCAUCUUGGUCGGUGGCGUUGUUGUGGUCACCUUACUCGUGUUCACUGUGGUGCUUAUGGUUCGCCACCGUGUUUGCAAUCACGGCGACCACAUAAUAUGUCACAGCAGCAACGCUGAGGUGGGAGGUGGGGCCUGCUGUCAAGGUGGAGGUGUAGGGGGUGGGGACAAAGGGGGAAACAAUAGUGGGUGCUAUCAAUCAAAUGGUUCUGGGGACAUGAUGAUGGUGGUCCUGCCCAAUGGUCUCCCAUCCAAAAGAGGGGAAAAGGACAAGGAAAACAACACGGACAAAGACAAAGAAGCAGCUGAUUCUGCUUCCUCUAUGCCUCCAAAACUCCCUCCUAAGCCAAGGCCCAAGCCUAAAGUCAACCUGGAACAGUUCCUUUCAGCUGGGGGGGUUGUUUCAACAACAACAGGGACAGGAAGUGAGAUGGCAUUAGUGGUGAGGCAAAGGAAGCUGGAGAAAAUGCCAGCAUACACACCUGAAAGUGACAGAGUUCCCCUCUACUACUCCCCUUCCCCUUCAUCAACCCUUCCCCGACAGUCACGCUCCAGAGAUCGCCCGACACCUCGUCUGGAACGAGAACUGACCAAUCGCGCCAGUUUCUCUCUGGCUGCACCGCUGAGAGACUCAGAGCUGUUGGACUGGAGAAUAAUUCCCCGAGGCAGGGACAAAUGGAACUCCUCACAGGCUUAUCAGAGUCCUGUGCCCCACCUAAGUUCUGCCCGUGGAACUGUUAGCAAACGGCGGCACUCGCUUGACAUGGGUUCAUCUGUGGCCCUAGCGACCGAUGCCGCGGCAACUGUUGCCAAGCACUACGGCGCCGUAAGUUACGCCAAGCGGCUGAGCGUGAUAUGGACAAGGCGGAGCCAGUCACUUCAUGGAAUGCUGGUACAGUGCGCGUCAACGGCGAGCGCGACGUCUUCGACAACCAGUGAUGAGGCAGAAGUUGCCGGGGGCCUGGGAGCACGCUGUGACUUCCAGCGGGGAUACAUCCAUGCUUACAACACCACCAACUCCAACUCCAACACUGGGAUCACUACUGGGAAAGCAGGUGGUCCAAAAGACAAAGGGAGGGAGAGAGGAAAGGAUGGAAGGAAUGCUGAGGAACUUGAGGAAAGUGUUGUGUAGCGGAAAGUGAAAACAUUUUUUUUAAGAAAUUCUAAGAGGGAUAAAAGGGUCUAUGAGUGAAGAAUAUGACUGGGAUCAU